AUGGAAGCUCUGGAGGAACCUGGACUCUGUUUUCCCCACAUCAACACCUCGUGCAGGAGGACGAGGCGUCCUUACAUGGAGACCAUGCUCAUGUACAGUGUGCUGUCCUGCAUCAUUGUGCUCACUGUGAUUCUUAACCUGCUGGUCAUCAUCUCUAUCUCCCACUUCAGGCGGCUCCACACCACCACCAACCUCCUCCUUCUCUCUCUGGCUGUCUCUGACUUCAUCAUGGGUCUCUGGGAGAUGCCAUUUCUCCUCCACUAUCAAGGUUGCUGGAUCCUUGGCGACCGAAUGUGUGCUCUAAAUACCUUUUUAAGUUUCCUCCUUGUCAGCGUUUCAGUGGGAUGCAUGGUGCUCAUAGCGAUCGACCGCUAUAUAGCAAUAUGUGACCCCAUGUUUUACACCACCAGAGUCACUCUGACCAGAGUUAAACUCUGUGUUUGUCUUUGUUGGAUAUUUUCUGGUGUACACAGCAUUUGGAUGUUAAGAGAUUUUUUAAAACAGCCUGACAUAUUUAGGACUUGCUACGGAGAGUGCACAGUUGUUGUCACUUUUGCUGAAGGACUUGUUGAUCUUAUUGCCACUUUUUUAGGCCCUGUUUUAAUUAUUGCAAUUCUUUAUUCCAGAGUGUUUGUGGUGGCUGUGUCUCAGGCUCGAGCCAUGCGCUCUCACGUGGCAGUCAUCACACUGGAGCGUUCCCAGACUGUAAAAGUUAAGAAAUCUGAGAUUAAAGCAGCCAGGACUCUCGGUAUUGUAAUUAUUGUGUUUCUUCUCUGCUCCUGUCCAUAUUAUAGUUUUGCUAUUGCAGCUGAAAGUAAUUUGGUUGGGGCGUCAACUUCAGGCAUUGAGAUUUGGUUAAUGUACAUAAACUCUAGUCUUAAUCCUAUAAUUUAUGUCUUCUCCUACCAGUGGUUCCGAAAAACAAUUAAAUACAUUGUUUCACUUCAGAUACUACAGCCUGGCUCCCGUGAUGCCAGUUUUUCCAAAUUGUCUGCCAGAUAUGUGUCCUAUUGA